CAGCCCUUCACACUCUCUCUCUUUCUCUCUCUCUCUAAAACUUUGAGUUCGCUUCACAAAUCUCAAAACCACCCAAAACCACCGCAUCGGAACCCUAGCGCGCCACCUCCAUCGCCAUGAAAUCUCACUUAUCUCUCCGAUAAACCUCAUAAAUCUCAAAUCAAACCUCCAAAACACACACUCAAACUGAAGAGGAGAGGAAAUUCAUCGGCAGCAAAUGGCGAUUUCCACAACUUCAUCGCCGCUGGUCCCCGCCCUAAUCCUCCUCCUCUCUCUACCAGUCCUCUUCUUCUUCCUCGCUCCUCGAAUCCUGCCGCCGCGCCAAAUCUCCAUCUCCGCCCCGGACGAGCUCGACGACCUCUCCCUCUUCCACAAGGCCAUCGCCAUGGACUCCGCCAAUUUCUCCCGCCGCCUCCCCGCCGCCAGAUCGCACCUCUCCGCCGGCCUCCGCCGCCCUAAAAUCGCCUUCCUCUUCCUCACCAACUCCGACCUCCAUUUCGCCCUACUCUGGGAGCGAUUCUUCUCCAAUGCCACUCGCAAGCACUACAACAUCUACAUCCACGCCGACCCCUUGGUCAAAAUCGCCCCCUUCGAAGGCGUAUUCAAGGACAGGCUCAUCCCCUCCAAGCGAACCCAGCGAUCCUCGCCGACUCUCAUCUCCGCCGCGCGCCGCCUCCUCGCCACGGCGAUGCUCGACGAUCCGUCCAACGCCUACUUCGCCCUGAUCUCGCAGCACUGCGUCCCGCUCCACUCGUUCAACUACCUCUACAAUUUCCUCUUCGAUUUGGGCAGGUUGUCGCGGAACUUGGAGUUCUCGAGCUACAUUGAGAUUCUCGACAACGAAUCGAAUCUAUGGGAUCGGUACAACGCUAGGGGACGGAGUGUGAUGCUCCCCGAGGUCAAUUUCGAUCAAUUCCGCGUCGGAUCGCAGUUUUUCGUGCUCACGCGAAAGCACGCGCUGAUGGUGAUCAAGGACAGGGAGCUGUGGCGGAAGUUCAAGCUCCCUUGCUUGAAUGUGGAGUGUUGUUAUCCAGAAGAGCAUUAUUUUCCCACGCUUUUGUCAAUGCAGGAUCCAAAUGGCUGCAGCCACUAUACACUGACGAGGGUUAAUUGGACGGAUAGCCACAAUGGCCAUCCCCACACUUAUCACCCUCCCGAGUUGUCGGCUGAUCUAAUUCACACUCUCAGGGAGUCGAAUUUGAGCUAUUCACAUAUGUUCGCGAGGAAAUUCUCGCCGGAUUGCUUGGAGCCUCUGAUGGAUAUGGCGGAUGAGGUUCUCUUCAAGGACUAAUCACUUUGCCUUCGAAGAAGGAACAUCGAAGGAAGUCUUUUCGAAGGAAGGACGUUGAAACCGGAGUGGGAUUAGGUUCUUUAAGUGGCUGAUAAAAUAAAUGCCCUAAACCUAAGUAACCCCAUGGUUUCCAUCUCAAGCAGAUUUAAGUGUCAUUUUAAUGUCUAGGAAAGCAAACUAUGUUUAUUGUGGUGUAAUUUGGUGGUGUGAUGCUUUUAUCAAUGGUGGUUGAAUAUGGCUUUGUAAACAUCCAGCAAAAGAUGGAGUGGGUGGAAUUGUGAUUUUUGGCCCCUUUUGUUUAUAUUGUAAAUAUGUACUACUAUGAAUUACUUAUAUGAAUGCCUAUUUCUUUUC